AUGAUUGUCGCUGUCGUCGUCUUCAUCUAUAUCCCGUCUGAUCGCUGUGGCUAUCAACAGGAACAGGACGGCAGACUCAUCCCUCCCCCCCACGCAGCCUCACUUUCUGAGCCAUGGUUUAUUUUUCUCCCUCCCGCGAAUUUAAGCAUAUUGGACCCUCUGCACAUUACUUCUUCUCUGCUUCUGCUUCUGCUUCUGCUUCUUCUUCUUCUUCUGUGUCUCUUUUUCUUCGGGGUGGCGGGUUUACCCCGUGCUAUCAUUAUUGAUCUUCCCCCUGAACGCACAGUUACAUUGGUUACAUGCCACAGGGCUCAACAGACAGACAAGCAGGAGGGAAACAGACAUAAAAGGAACAAGAAGAAGCAGGAGAAGAAGCAGGAGAAAAAGAAACAGCAGCAGAAGCAGAUCAGAAGAGACGAGAAUAAGAAUAAGAAGAUGAAGAAGAAGAAGAAGAAGAAGCAAAAAAGGAGGCGAAGAAGGUUUGUUUCUAGAGGCAGAUCUCGCAUGUUUGACUUGAAUCAGGACGAACAGACGUAG